UCAUUUCCCAACAAUUUAAUGAACACGCUUUAAAUCCCACUAAUGACAUCGCUGAAUACAUCAUCAUAAUCCUCUUUCAAAACUAACCAAACAUCACAAACUUUCACACAUUUCAUUUCACCAUUCACACAACAAACAGAGAAAGAAAAAAACAGAACCAUAAACCAUGUUUGAUCCAACAAGAAAACACCAUAACCCCAAGAACUCAUUCGAUUUGUACGAUGAAACACGACACGUUACAUGGGAAUCUGCUAAUUCUAAUAACAUGUGGCCUUUAAAACAACCUCAAUUUGGUAUAGAUGACGAUGAAACAGAACUAAAACCAGAACCUCGAUGGGGUAUGAACUCUCCGCAUUACAGAAGCCUUUCUCCGGUUUCGAGAACCGAAGCUAUAAUCAAAGGACAAAAGGAACUCAUGGAAAUGGUUCGGAACAUGCCGGAAUCAAACUAUGAACUUUCGUUGAAGGAUCUUGUUGAACAUCACCACAGGGAUGUUUUCACCACCACAGAAGAAAAUAAUAAUAGUACAGAAGAUGAGAAGAAGAUGAUGACGAUGAAAAAGAAGGUUGAUGAUGAUAAGAAGGUUCCUGUGAAGAGAAAUGAGAAAGUUGAUCGUGGAGGUUUUUACCUGAAAGUGGCUUUACCUUUUAUUUCUUUGGGAUCUAAUAAAGAGAAAAAGAAGAAGAAGAAGAAAGAGUCGAAAGUUUCGCCUAGACCGUCGAUUUCUGAUGGAUCGGUAAAGGAGAAGGAGUGGUGGAAGAAGAGUACUCCUUUGGUUUAUAAAGAGAGUGAUGAUAGUGCUGCUGAAUCUAGUAUUGUUAGUAAUGGGAGCUUGAAAAGCUCUGUUAGUAGUAGUAGCAAAAGUAGUAGCAGCAAAAGCAGAAGUAGCAGAAGCAGAAGAAUAACAAGUAAUAGCAGCAGGCGAGAGAACAGUCGUGGUGGAUGCUGGACUAUGUUUCGCAAGUCCAAGAAUCAGAAGAAAAGAGUAAAAGAUUGAUGUGUUUGAUGAAACAAAUCACUGUGAUUCUUAGUCAUGGUACUUGCAAGCUCUGGUGCAAGUUAUGUGAGAGCUACUAGUUGGUUUCUUUGUAACUUCAAAUGAAUUAGACAAGUUUGUUUUAGGAUUAAACUUGUUGAAUGGAGAGGUCUCAUGCCAAUCACAACUUUGUAAUUAAUGACAUUUUUCUUUAUAUGUUUAUUUCAAGGUUGUUGUGAAAAACGAUACCAAUAACAAAGUAUAAUAGGGAAUUAUAGGGGAGAAGAAGAACACAAUAAUUGGUUAU